ACAAAGGUAACAGGACCCAACAACAAGUACACAGAUGACAGAUCUCACUCUUCAGCCCUUAAAGGCUUAAACCUCCCUCUCCGCCUCCAAACUUAAAAUUAAAACCCCUUCGUCUCAGUAGCCGCCAUUUUCGUAGUCUCUGUCUCUGUCUCUGUAUCGGUAAUGGCUACUCUCUCACACCCACACCACCAAACCCAUCUCUUCUCCAAAUUUUCCCUUAAGCCCAAACCCAUAUUCACGACUUAUCCUUCAAGAAUCCGAAUGUCCAUUCAAGAAAACGCCCCUUCUCUCGCAGUCGUCGGUGUCACUGGCGCCGUGGGACAAGAGUUCCUCUCCGUCCUCGCCGACCGUGACUUUCCUUACCGAUCAAUCAAAAUGCUUGCUUCGAGACGCUCUGCCGGGAAACAACUCACUUUCCAGGACAAGAACUAUACUAUCGAAGAACUGACCGCUGAUAGCUUUGAUGGAGUUGACAUUGCUUUGUUCAGUGCUGGAGGGUCUAUUAGCAAGCAGUUUGGGCCGGUGGCGGUGGAGAAGGGUGCUAUUGUGGUGGAUAAUAGUUCGGCUUUUAGGAUGAGUGAAGGGAUUCCAUUGGUGAUUCCUGAGGUGAAUCCAGAGGCUAUGGAAGGUAUUAAAGUUGGAAUAGGAAAGGGGGCUUUGAUUGCUAACCCAAAUUGCUCUACUAUCAUUUGUUUGAUGGCUGCCACACCCUUGCAUAGACAUGCGAAGGUACAACGAAUGGUUGUUAGUACAUAUCAAGCAGCCAGUGGUGCUGGCGCUGCUGCAAUGGAAGAGUUGGAGCUUCAGACUCGUGAGGUGUUGGAAGGAAAACCACCCACAUGUAAUAUCUUUAAGCAGCAGUAUGCUUUUAAUUUAUUUUCACACAAUGCACCCGUCCUUGAAAAUGGGUACAAUGAAGAGGAAAUGAAAUUAGUAAAGGAAACCCGAAAAAUUUGGAAUGACAUGAAUGUUAAAGUCACUGCCACAUGUAUACGAGUUCCUGUCAUGCGUGCACAUGCUGAAAGUGUUAAUCUUCAAUUUGAGAAGCCCCUUGAUGAGGACACAGCAAGGGCCAUUCUGAAGAAUGCUGCUGGCGUGGUGGUUAUUGAUGAUCGGGCAUCCAAUCACUUCCCAACGCCAUUGGAGAUAUCAAACAAAGAUGAUGUUGCAGUCGGUAGAAUCCGCCGUGAUGUUUCUCAAGAGGGGAAUCAUGGGUUGGAUAUAUUUGUUUGUGGGGAUCAGAUACGCAAGGGCGCUGCACUUAAUGCCAUUCAGAUUGCUGAGUUGCUGCUAUAG